AUGACCUGCGGCGGCUGCUCCGGCGCCGUCGAGCGCGUCCUCAAGAAGACGGAGGGCCUCGCCUCCUACGCCGUCAACCUCGAGGCCCAGACCGCGGACGUCUACACCGACGCCGUCCCCUUUGCCGCCGUGCUCGAGAAGAUCAAGAAGACGGGCAAGACGGUCAGGGGGGCCGAGGCGGACGGGGAGGGGAUGGGUGUUUAA